AUAUGUACACAAUCUUUUGUAAAAUUUCUUAAACAUUUUCUUUUGUUCUUUAUUCGUGAAGUUAUUAAUUUGAAACCUAGAAUUUUGAAAAGGCUAAUAUUUAACAUGUCCGAAAUGUCAGAUAUUCAUAACAAUUUUGAAGACCAUCAAGGACAAAAGCAGCGAAGAUCGACCUCUUCAAAAUUUAGAAUUGACAGAAAAAGCAGUAGGUAUGAUCGUGAGGGACCUCUUAGCCCUUUAAGAAGCCCUUUGCGAACAGAUGAUGGCCUUCAAAACGCUAACAGAAGGAGAGAAAAUAGGAGGAACAGGCACCAUCAGAUGGACACCCCUAGUCCUAAAAAGAAUGAUCUGUUGAAACUGGAAGAAUUUCCACCACUGCCUAAUGAAGUGUGGACCCCAGAAGGAAGUAAACUAUUUGAAACCAAGAUUGACUGGUCAGCUGAGGUAGAUGAGGCAGAUAGACCACCUAGGCGGAAACUUGACUUGCGGGAAAAGCUCAUCAAAUCCAGAAACGUGAAGACAGAGAAUAAACAGGAGGAAAAGAUAGUACCAAAAACGCCUUUAUUCGAAGUUGAAACAGAUGAGAGAUUACUGAUGAGAAGGCAGAAAGAUAUCGACUAUGGAAAGAACACUAUAGCCUAUGAUAGAUACACAUCAUUGAUUCCAAAGAAAAACAGAGUUAGAGGUGUACAUCCAAGAACCCCACUCAAGGUACAGAAAGUGAGUCGUAGAUCUUGGGAUGCCCAGGUCAAGAACUGGAGAAGAUCGUUACAUCAGUGGGACCCACCUAGUGAGAGUGGAAUGCAGGGACUUUCAGGAGUUGCCUUCCUUGAAGUGGAGGACAAAGAUUCAUUGGACGACUCCAAUCACAAACUGACUACCAUUAGGGAACAUGAGAUGAUGGAAUCUGCACACUCCUCUGAUGCUGACGACGAACACUGCAGUCAAACCUCCACCUCCCCAGGGAUCAUGCUCACACCAGACCUCAAAUCUGGCCCCUUUAAGUACCCAAAAACUGGUUCCCCAAAGAAAUCUAAGUCACAGACAGCAGUCAGUAGUGCUACAAUAUCUGUGAAAACAGAAAAAGAGAAUGAUGAUGGGUUUUUCUCUGGGUUUGACAUAGAGGAGUCUUUGAAUGAAGAUAUGGAUAUCUUGUAACUGUUAUAUAUAUCCAUUAUUAUUAUACAGUGUAAUUGUUUUUGAUGUGCAUGCUGUUUAAUAUACCUCAAGCGCAAGCAAAGGCUUUCAUAUAGUUUCUGAAAAUUGUGAUGAUAGGAAUACAUUUGAGCCGCGCUAUGAGAAAACCGACAUAGUGGCUUUGCGACCAGCAUGGAUCCGCGCAGUCUGGUCAGGAUCCAUGCUGUUCGCUAUCGAUGCCUAUUGCAUUAGAGCAACCGUUAGCGAACAGCAUGGAUCCUGACCAGACUGCGCGGAUGGGCAGGCUGGUCUGGAUCCAUGCUUGUCGCAAAGCUACUAUGUUGGUUUUCCCGGGGCUCAUUUCGAGACAUAAUGACAGAUAAUUUCUAAAUCCAAACCUAGAGAAAGUCUUACUUUUUUCUUCCUUUGCAAUAUAGUUGCUGUGUUCUCUGUAUGACCCAUAUCUAAUACGGUAUGAAUCUGGAAAGCUGCAUGAUUUUUGUUGCCAUAUUUACAGCAGUUUUCACAUUUCCUCAGCUGUACACAACUUUUGAAAGUUUUACAGUAAAGCUCACUUAUAGCAAACUGUUUUAAGGAACUCAUUUUUCUGGCUUUAUUUUUCCGUGGAUAUGUUUUAUGUGGAAAACACACGCAUAUAACAAACUCAGAAAAUAGGAAAACUCGUAUGGAAAACGUUUAUAACCAAGUAUGUGUGUAAUUUCAAGAUUCACUGCCAUUGGUAACGCAUGCUAAAUAUUUGACUAAAUUAUAUUUAUGUUAUGAUCAAUUCAUGCAUAUUUUGAAUAAUUACAAUCUUUCAUUGUAAUAUUUACCAGUAAUAUUUCCAUAACUCAUGUUUUUAUUUCGAUGUAAAUGAGAUGUGGAACCAAAAUUUGAAGUCCUGUUUGGCGCCAUAUAAGCUAUAAAUAAAUAAAUAAUAAAUAAGAUUACCUGUAACAUAACAACAAUAGAGGAGAAAAAUUCAUCAUCAACUUUCAUUGUCCUUGCUCGAUAGAGUACCUUACAGCGCAAAAUAUUUUGAUUUCAUGGAUUUGAUUAAGUGCGAUUAAGCUACUGUAACACGAAAGUAAAUUGUUGUAAUUGGUCAUAUGUUUUUAUGACAACAGAUAAUCAUCUGAAUACACGUUCCAAAUUCAUCAAAGCAGUUGGUUCCUUUGACAGUAAAUUAUACUCUUCACACAAAGGAAAGGAAAUAAAUUAGAGUACCUCAGAUAUAAAACAAACACUUCCUUGUAAACCCAGUGAGUUUCUUGUAACUGAGUAUUACUGUGUUGGCAUAUACAAAUAACAUACGGCAGUUUAUAAAAUCAGUCAUCGAUAUAUUUGAGGUUCCAUGAAUUGAGUUAUGUUAGAUAAGUAAAGAAUAUGUAAAUAUGAUAAUGAAAUGUGUCAUUAAUGUCCUUGUAUAUAUGUAAAUGUAGUAUUUUAUUUAUCUCGUGCAUUUUAUAAUAUUCAUUCAGGUGUAUUUUUUAAUGAGGCAAGAUUUAUUUUAGUUCAUCCUUUGUUACAAAACCUUCAGUUCACAUCAAUAUUUGGCAGCUAUUUGUAAAAAUCUUCAUUUUUAUAGCCUAUAUUUUGUUUUCUAUGAUGAUUUUAUUUUUAUGGAGAGAAAGAUUUCAGUUUUGAAUAGUUUCCCUCCACCAUAAAAAGCUCGAAAGUCGCCAUAUUUGAGUUAUAUAUUAUGGGAUUAUUAGGGACUUUAUCAUUUUUCAACAGUGCUUUGUAUAUACUGCAUGCAAUUAACCAUACAAAAAAUCAUAAAUGCUUUGUAAAAGUCUUAUAGAACUGUCUUUGUAUACUUGAGAAAAAAUAUUUGUGUCUCAAAGACGAUGCUUUAUUCAGUAUUUUACAUUGUUCAGUUGGAUUCUGUAUGAAGUAUGGUCUACUUUGCACAUAAAUGUUGUAGUUAUUUGUGAUUUCUGAAAGUAGUAUUUCUUGCUUUGUCAGUAUAGAAAAGGUUUUCAUUUGUUAACUUAAGUGAUUCAUUCAGUUCUAAGCUGUAUUUAUUUUGAAAAAAAAAAUGUAAGAAGUGCAUGGCAAGAAGUAAGAAUUAAAUGCAUAAUUAUUAUUAUCUUACCUAUUUGAUAACCUUGAUUUACUUAUUGACCAUACACAAGACUUUUCAUGAUAGAAAAUAAGAAUAUGAUGUUUAGCAAAUAAGGCCUUCACAUUGUUUGAUUGAUUUAGCAUGGGUCAGAGCUUAGAUGCAUAGAAACUAAAGCUUUUCCUUACUGGUUAAAUAUUCUGGUAGCUGGUCACUCAACUGUUGUAAAUUGGACUUUUAACCACAAGAAAGCCUUUAUAUUUUUUCAUUCUAACAUUUCUGGGAAAAUUGUGUUGAUUUUCAUUUAUGAAGGUAGUUACGAAUCGAACAUCAUAUGGCAUUUUGGCAUCAUAGUAUUGUUUGGCUGGUCUGUGUCAACCAUCUGUUAUUGCAGUUUUUAUCACCAGUUUCCUUCUGUUUUUAUCUGACGAACAAAUCAGCCAUGUUAUAAUAGUCCUUGUAAAUGAUAUCCAUUAAAACUACUAAUGGAAAUGUAUGCUAGUCUGGUAUAUGUAUUUUUUGCGAAACAAAAUAUAGUUGCAGUGUAUUUUUAGUAGUGAGAUACCUAGCACAUAAUUUACCUGGAGUCUGGAACAUAAAUUAAGUAUGAAAUAUAUUCAGAUAGAAAUGUUGAGUUGUAGAGCCUGUUCUCCUUUAUGGCUUUAUAACUGAUUGAUGUUUUAUAGUAGAAAGUUAUUCUCCCUAACCAGGGGUUUGUCUAGAGAAAAUACCUUAACUUUUAAUGAUUUUAUAGUACCGGUAGAUCUUUGUAUAAUAAAUAUUUAUUUUUAUAAACUCUUUAAUGUAUGCUUUUUAUGUAUAGUAAAUAUAGUAUAGUUUAACAAUUGAUUCUCUUGCAAGUAAUGCUUAUGUAAACCUUCGGAUUCUUUUGUAAUAUAUUAAGCAGAAGUGUUGAAAAUUCAAAUGAGAAAUAAAUCAGUAGAAUAUGCAUUAUUUCAAAAUUUUCAUUCAAAUGAGAAAUAAGUCCAGAAUAUGCAAUAUUUAAAAAAAAUAUUAAUAUCCUGUGCUCUGUUUAGUGAAAUUGAUAAAUUCCUUCCAUUCAUGGUCAUAAUUUACCAGUCAAUGCAAAAAUACUUACAGAGUGCUAAAAACAGUGAAUUGUGUAAAAUGUUUAUCAUGAAAAAAGCACAGGUUUCAUGGUAACUUUUUUGGGGUUGUAAGACUGUCAAAAUGCAGCCAUGGGAUUGGUCAAUUUCAGAAGCUGGAGUCUGGAAUUGGUGUAAUAUUAUGUAUAUUUUAUACCAUAACCAUCAAAAUAUUUAGUAUUAGUAGUAUUGUUAGCCUUGUCUAUUAAAAUAUCAAGUCAUUGUGUAUUAUUUUGAUAUGAUAGAAAAGUAGGUGUAGCACCAUUACAUAUGUUUUACUGAAAUUUUAUUUUUGUUUCACAGUAUAUUUAUUUCACUGAUAGAAAAGCGUUCACAGUAUAUUUAUUUCACUGAAAGAAAAGCGGGGAGAUGUACAAAUGAUGUUGCAGUUUGUGUGUAUUUGUAUUUUUAGAACAAAGAUUUUUUUAUGCCCCCAAAGGGAGGCAUAUAGUUUUUGAACCGUCUGUCAGUCUGUCCGUAAUUUUCGUGUCCGGUCCAUAUCUUUGUCAUCGAUGGAUGGAUUUUCAAAUAACUUUGCAUGAAUGUGUACCAAAGUAAGACGACGUGAUGCGCGCAAGACCCAGGUCCAUAGCUCAAAGGUCAAGGUCACACUAAGACGUUAAAGGUCAUUUUUCAUGAUAGUGCAUUCGUGUCCGGUACAUACCUUUGUCAUCCAUGGAUGGAUUUUCAAAUAAUUUUGCAUGAAUGUGUACCACAGUAAGACGACUUGUCGUGCGCAAGACCCAGGUCCGUAGCUCAAAGGUCAAGGUCACACUUAAACGUUAAAGGUCAUUUUUCAUGAUAGAGCAUUCGUGUCCGGUCCAUAUCUUUGUCAUCCAUGGAUGGAUUUUCAAAUAACUUGGCAUGAAUGUGUAACAGUAAGACAACGUGUCAAGACCCAGGUCUGUAGCUAAAAGGUAAAGGUCACACUUAGACGUUAAAAGUCAUAUUUCAUGAUAGUGCAUUGAUGGGCGUGUCUGGUCUAUAUCUUUGUCCUUCAUGCAUGGAUUUUAAAAUUAUUGGGCUUGAAUGUGUACCACAGUAAGACGACGUGUUCCGCGCAAGACCCAGGUCCGUAGGUCAAAGGUCCUAAACUCUAACAUCGGCCAUAACUAUUCAUUCAAAGUGCCAUCGGGGGCAUGUGUCAUCCUAUGGAGACAGCUCUCAUAGAUAUCUUAUUUUUUAUAGCAAAUAUUUCAGUUUAGUUUAGUAAUAACUGUUGAUGUAAACCUAUCCUUGGUGGCUUGAUUGUGUCUGUUUGUUAUAUCUGUGUUGUUGUUUUUUUCUCACCAAUUCACUCAUCUUUUGUUUAUAUUUUUACACAGUCUGUGAGCAUGUGUAUACAUUUACAUGCGGAGUACUUGAUAGAAGGCUGCAUUCUUUAAAUGUGACUUUCCUUUUGGACUUAGUUUUCUUUAUUUUUUUUUAAUAGAUUAUAUUAUAACCAGUCUAUGACAUUCAGAGAGAAUGGUCUAAAUUGUUGAGACAAUUAUUCAAGGAGUUGGUUAUAAUUUUCUUUCAUUUCUUGUUUGGAGCCAUAGGGUCAUGGUCAUCACAAGCGAUAUUGUCUGUAAGGUCGUAACUUUUUAGGCAGUUGUGUAAAAACAGUCAGAUAGAAAAGAUUUUGUGUUGAGAAUAAGCUUUAGAUCCGAGAAUAUAUGAAAUAUGCAUUUUAAUUGUACAUUUGCUGCAACUUUAAAAAAUAUCAGGUGUAUUAAUCUUUUUAAUCCUGUGGUUUGUUCAGUGUUUUGGUUUAAUAGUGGCAUAGAUGCAGAAUGUUCAUUUGAAUAUUAACAAUGUUUAUUGGGGUGGGGGAGGGGGUAGAGGUUUUCAUGGGGUAAUUUUACAAGCAUUUUCUCAAGAAAAUUUCAUUUAUGGCAUCAGAUUAUGAAAUUUCUUCUCUUGAUUUAAAAACUGUCCCGACAACCACCCCUGGCAUACUACUAUGAGGUAUUCUUUAUAUUUGGUUCUUUAAAAAAGUGUAUUUACACAAUAAGUGUGUCAUAUAGUAUUACCCAUUUGAUUUCUAUAAAUUUUAGUCAAUAACAUUCUAGUUGUAUCUUACUAUUAUUCAUAUAUUUAGGUCACAAGUACAGUUUCUUUAUAUAUGUAGAAUAGCAGAAUACAUUUUUAGUGUAGAAUUUGUGAUUUUAUGUGCAUGAGUGUAAAAGUAAACCUGUUGUAGUGUCUGCAGCUCAAAGAAAAAAGAGCAAAUAAUUUUAAGGAAAAUUUAAAAUUAAAAUAUAUGGAACUGUA